UACCUGCACCCUUUAUUGGGGAUGAGGACGUCUGUGGCACUUAAAUAGGGAAAUCAAGACAACUAUGUAAUGAGUGACGUGCUAAACCUUUCAUUUUGGGUACUGGGCAUUGUAUUCCUAGACAAUCAGGUUCCUUUCAAACAGGAGCAGCAAUAGGUCAAUAGCAAAGGUCACGAGAGGGAGAGAAAAGAUGAAUCCACUCUUGAGUUAAGAUGGGAAUUUUCAUGUUUUCUCACAGGUUGGUCAUCAUGAGCAACCUUUCUGGCUUUAGAAUUUUAGUAAACAUGGAUGGUUUCAUAUGCAAGCUUGUACAUUUCUCUGCCGUCUUUUUUUAAAAAAACUUUUGAUGUGUUAAUAUUGUUUUGUUAACCUGCAAAUAUAUCACAUUUGUUCAUGUAAUGAUUUGAGUUUUCAUGUUCUAUUUGCUAAAUUGAAAUUACUAUACACCUCAACCUACUGUCGUUUGUACUUCGAUGCCCUAGAAUAAAUACAUGAUGCUGGCUUGUUAUAUUUCUCUUCCCUUCUUUACACUUGGAACUUUCAUGCAUCAGUUGCAUGUUGUUCACAUGCAAAUUCAUCUCAAGAAGUUUUCGUUUUUGUCUUGUUAAAUGAAUAGAGCAUUGUAUCUCAAAAUUUUUUCGAUUGCACAGCAAUCAGUGAAAAAGGCGCGUGAAAUGGUAGUCAUGCUUCAGAUUUACGUAUCUUUGUAUGAACUGUUGUAUUUGUAUCAUGAUUAAUUUUCUGCUCUAUUUCCUUGCAGAUUCAGUCCAAUACCUUUUGGUUCUUAUUUUAUAUAUAUAUUUUUUCAGAAAUGAAGAAAUAUUUAGAACAUUACAAGCAUGAUGACUAAAAAAAUUGAUAUUUAAAAUAAAACGAUAUCAUGAAUUCUUAACUUGAUUCGAUGUUCAACUUAUAAUCUCUGUGUGGUUUGCUCAUAAUAUAUUCAGAACUUCUGGUGACUAAUGUUAGGUACAAAAGAAGAUAAACUUUUGUGAGGUCAACUUAUUGUACUGCAUUUGCAUUUCAACUUGGUAACUAGAAUACUGCACAACAGCCUGGCAGGCCAAGCACUUAACGUAUCACAUGCUGGUCAAGAUAAAGAUCAUAAUGCAAUCUUGCGCUUCUAGGAAAUGGCUGAUGGGGAGACAUGAUUACAGAAGCCACAGCUUUGUCAUCUGAAUUUUAAGGCAUAAGUGCGACUUGGAACAGGGAGAGGCCUGGAGCCUAGUUGAAGAUGUUAAAGGUUCAGACUUGGCAUGUUGGAAGAGCAUCUGACACUAAUAUUUUCUUAAAUAUUCCUAAUUUUAUAAAGAGAGAGGACUUGAUCAACUUAUAUUUCAUCAGACAGUUAAAACCAUCUGAGGUUCCUCUUGACUUGUUUAGAACAAAAACAAAGAAUAUAUGAAUGUAUCUUUUCCAAGUAUAAUGGGGGCUUGAAUGGUUGAACCUAUGAUAGUAUAACCUCAACCACCAGUCUUGUCCAGUUGUACUUUAGAAUUAGUACCCUGGAAGUUUGUUUAUGUUCAUGUACCUACCUACCUUUCCCCACCAGCUUCCUUUUUAGAGGUUGAGGAUGAGUUGGGCAGUCCCACUAAGUUACCCAUGAAGAACUUUAUGAAACCUUACUUUGCCUCUGAUAGUCUCUGCUGUAUCUAAGUGUCAUCCUAUCAGGAGAUGUUGUGAUCAACACUAAAAGCAAGGCGCUCCUGGUUCCUCUUGAAGAGUGGUAGCAGAGGAGCAAGGAGAGCAAUCAUGGAGUCUAUACCUCUUCUGAGUCCUUGUGAAACUGGAAGGUUCAGGUUUUCGCACAGAAUUGUGCUGGCACCUUUAACAAGAAACAGAUCAUAUGGCAAUCUUCCACAAUCACAUGCCAUGCUGUACUACUCACAGAGGGCUACAGAGGGAGGUCUUCUGAUUGCGGAAGCCACAGGGGUGUCAUCUGAUGCUCAAGGGAUGAGUUUAAUUCUGCACACCCCAGGGAUAUGGACCAAGGAGCAAGUUGAGGCCUGGAAGCCUGUUGUGGAUGCCGUGCAUGCGAAGGGUGGAAUAUUCUUCUGCCAGAUUUGGCAUGUAGGAAGAGCUUCUGAUAUGGAGAAAGAGCCCAUCUCAAGCACAGGUAAGCCAGUAGAAAUGAAUGAAGAUGACCACAUGGACUUCCCCAUCCCAAGAUGCUUAGCUGUAGAAGAGAUCCCCAAUGUAGUCAAUCGCUUCAGAGUUGCUGCAAGAAAUGCUAUGGAUGCUGGUUUUGACGGGGUUGAAAUCCAUGGUUCGCAUGGCUUCCUCCUUGAGCAAUUCAUGAAAGAUAGCGUCAAUGAUCGUACUGACAAGUAUGGAGGCAGCCUACAGAACCGCUGUCGCUUUGCCCUUGAGGUAGUAGAAGCCGUGGUGGCUGAGGUUGGGUCCGACCGUGUAGGGAUCCGCCUCUCUCCUUAUGCCAACUACCUUGGCUGCCAUGACUCAGACCCAGAUGCGUUGGGUGUCUACAUGGCUCAGGAACUGAACAAACGUAGCAUCCUGUACUGCAGUGCAGUGGAACCUGAGAUGGUCACGGUGGAUGGCAAGAUGCAAAUCCCACACAGGUUGCAUGAAAUGAGGAAGGCCUUCAAUGGAAUGUUUAUGGUUGGUGGAGGGUAUGACAGGGAGGAGGGGAACAGAGUUGUGGCUGAUGGAUACGCUGACAUGGUCGUAUAUGGUCGCUUGUUCUUGGCGAAUCCUGACCUGCCAAGGCGAUUCCAUCUGAAUGCUCCUCUGAAUAGGUACGACCGAUCAACAUUCUAUACCAAUGAUCCUGUUGUUGGCUACACGGAUUACCCGUUUCUUGAGGACUGUGAAUUGAUGAUAAAUGAAGAAAAGUUACAGGUUUGAACUAAGUUUAGGUAUUUCAACACAUGAAUUGAUGAUUCGGUCACACCUGUAUUAAAUGGUAAUAUGCUACAGAAUGAACAAUGAUUCUCUAUGUAUUGUUGCCAUCUGUGGACUGCGGGGGUCCUGAAACUUGAAAAUCACAGAUUGCAUCAAACAAAAAACACGUUGAGUUGGUGGCGUUUGGAAGUUAGGUGGUGCGGAAGCCAUCUAAAUCAUGCUUAUCUCCAACUUCUGAUGGUAAUAGUUUGUCAUCAUAUACACUGACGUUGUCAUGGCUUCGUUGUGUGUGUUGUAAGCAUGAUUUCAGAUACUCUGGAAAGUCUGAUCAUAUAUCUGUCACCUAUGUCGUCAUGUCGUUUGAGGUGUUCCCUCCA